AUGCACUUGAAGAUCCCAGAAAGUAAACUCAAUCAUGACACCAGCAAAUGGAGUGUGGACAAAAGCCGACUGGUUUCAAUCAGCUACACAUCGUCAAUGAUAGAAGAAAUGUUUACCAGUGGAGCUGUGCAAAUCAGGAAAGACGCAGAAGCUGAAGUACUCAUGAUAGGUCUGGGAGCCGGUGUCAUAAGCUCGUAUCUUCAUCAUACCUAUCCCAAGGUGAACUUUUUCAAAUGUGUUCUUCGCAAGGGAUGA